AUAUUUUUCACAUCCCUAGUCGCGGGUGGACGCGUACCUUUAGCUGUUGGAGUUAUCAUUUUAUUUUUUGAGCCCUCGCCGAGUAAUUGAGGCUUGGAUACUGGUCGCUGAGCGUGGAAGAGACGAACCGUGUUUACUGUACCGUUUGACCUGUCCCCCGCGUCCCGUCUCCCGCGCUCCGUGGCCUCUUUCACCCCUCCGCCGUCGGUCGUCGGGCGUCUAUUUCUUAAAAAAAAAAAUAUUAAAUUGUGCAACGCAAAAUAGUUCUCGCCCCGAAAAAUUGCCAGUUUUAAAGCAAACACAGCUCCUCGAGUCUCUAAUUUACAUAAUAUUAGAGACAAAAGACGCACACACACAGAAGAGCAGAAAACAGGCUGAAAAUUGAGCGAAAUGCAAGUGAAAAUGCAAAUGCAAGUUGUUUUCAAUUGAAAAGCAGGCGACAAAAAAGUGAAAAUUAACUCGAGAUUGAUUGCUACGGGGGGGGUAGCAUAGUGCGAAGGAAUCGAAACUAAUUGAAAAUGUCUGGUGCUGAUGAGGGCGAGCUGGACCCGCAAAUUCAGAUUGAACUGGAGAAUCUCAAUAGUGCAACAGAUGAGAUUAAUAAACUGGAAAUCGAAUUGGAGGAGGCCAAUUCCACCUUUCGCAUCCUGCUGAACGAGUCCACCCGACGCCUGAAACUCUCCUCCAAGAAACUAGGCAACUGCAUCGAGAAGGCCCGUCCCUACUAUGAGGCCCUGGACAAGGCGCGCGAGGCUCAAAUCGAGUGCCAGCAGGCGGCGGAUAAGUUCAAGCGGGCCAAUGAAAUCCAUGCCACUGCCAAGGAAAUGGUGGCCCUGGCCGAACAGCGCUUCAUGUCCAACUCCCACGAGUGGCAGUUCGACAACGCCUGGCAGGAGAGCCUGAAUCAUGCCACCCAGAAGGUAAUGGACGCGGAAACCCAGAAGGCUGACUGCCAUGCCGAGCAUCAGCGGCGCACUCGACUCUUUCACGCCGCCGAGCAAAAGCUACAGCAGCUGGAGGAUCGCUUCAGACGGAGCAUCAACAAGUCGCGUCCCUACUUCGAGGAGAAGCAAGUGUGCCAGGAUCAGUUGCAGACCCAGAAGAACCGCAUCCAGGAAUUGCAACAGCAGGUGGCUGGUGCCAAGAGCACCUACUCCACGGCGCUAAGAAAUCUGGAGAGGAUUAGCGAGGACAUACACAGGCAACGUGGUGAUUUCCCCACUCCACCCGGUCCUAGGGAGCCGGGUGUUGGAGCUGAGCUCAACUCGCCGACCUCCAGUGCCCUACCGUCGCUGCCCGAUUUCCAAACAGAGCUGGAGAAGUGCGACUACCCCUCAAUUGCCGGCAGCCAGAUGUCGUUGGGCGCAAAGACCCCGCUGGCAGCUGUGGAAACUGAAGACGAGGAGGAUGCCUGCGACUACGACGAGACGGGGGCAGGGGAACUGCGCGGCGUGGUGGACGAAAGGGACUUGGAGGCACUGCGCCAGAAGGUCAAGAUCCUGGCAGUGCGCCCCAUCGAGGGUGGCGACGGCCAGCAGCAGAACGACGUGUGGGAGCACGAGCUGAAGGCCACAGUCGACAAGCUGGAUCACCUGAUGAUGCUGAAGGAGGCGGCCAAGCGACAGCAAACCGUGCGAGCGAAGGCAACGGAGCAGCGACCCGAUUCCCUGGGCGCCGAGGGCCUCCAGCGACACAGCGAUGAGGUGGUUCCGCCGACAGUCACCGUCACCGCCAGCUUGCCAGUUACGCCCCAGCACCACCACCAGCUGGCGCCACCCACGCCCAUCAAGAAGCUGCACCAGCAGCUGGCGCCCUUGCCAUCCGUUAACGUCUCAAUGCGGGAGCUGCCGCUGCUGGCCAGGCUAUCGAACGAGCUGCUGGAUCGCAGCAGUGCUGCCAUCGGCGGAGUGCGCAGGCAGCUGCGUCGGCGCUCUCUGGAAUAGGGCGAAGUUGGUGGGGAGUCGAUCGAUCGCCCCAUAUCAUCUGAUUUGUUUAUAUUAAAUGAAUAAUUAGUAGUGGAUAAUUGUAAAACGUUGAACGCCGCAUUUAAGUGCACCCCUCUCAAUAAGUCUACACUCUACAUGAUAAACAUACAUCUAUUUUCGUAUAAAUGUUGAUUACAUUCUAAUCUAAUGUCUAACGUCUCUUGUUUCUCGCUGUUGAUACUUUGAAUAUGUAAAUGUUUUGUGAUUUGAGCAAAAAGAGAGCAAAAUGAAUGGAUUUAUUGAAAUGCAAAUAAUAAGCAGCUUUAAGUUAAUGUUAAAAAAAAGGAAAAGAAAUCCAAUGAACCCGAAACCCUCAUCCCAGGCAAGGCAAAAACUCACUAAUUUAAAAUCUAAACGGGCACAUGCACUAAAUAGUUUAGCCUAUAAAUACCACACAAAUUGAAACUCUUAAUGAAAUUAAUCCAAGUGUCGAAUGAAACGAAUUCAAUUAGAUAACUAAGCGAAACUCUCAAAGGAAUCAGUAAUGUGCGAUGGUAUCUAAUGGCCUAUAGAUGUUCGAAGGUGCCCUCGGAUUGGGGACUAGAAGUAUUUGCAACAAGAGUAAUUAUAAUUGAAAUAAUAAAAUUUUGCAUUCUAAUUCAA